UAUUGUCACGUAUUUAUACUUGAGCAAGCAGUGUUACUUUGUCAGUGAACAACUAUUGAAUGUAGCAGUGAACAUCGAUUCAUUUGAUCAUCGUUACAAUUGAAAUAAAUAGCAACAGUUUUCGAAUGAAUUGAAACCGUUUGCUCUCUAUAAAUAAAUCCGGUUUCAACUGUAGUUUGUUUAAAAUUUAUUGUGUAAAAGAGAAUAAUGAAGAUCAAUAGUGCAGUGCUAUAUCGAGCUAUAUUUCUAAUCAGUACAGUGGUUUUGGCAAUAAACGCAUAUGAGAAAAAGUUCCAUCAUCCGAACUAUGUGACAAAACGUUCGGUGAUGGUACAUUUAUUCGAAUGGAAAUGGAAUGACAUAGCCGAUGAGUGUGAACGAUUUUUAGCACCAAAUGGAUAUGCCGGCGUUCAAGUGAGUCCGGUUUCGGAAAAUGUGAUUGCCGAAAAUCGACCGUGGUGGGAAAGAUAUCAGCCAAUUUCAUAUCGAAUAAUCACACGAUCUGGCAAUGAAAACGAAUUUAAGUCGAUGAUUGAUCGAUGCAAUCAAGUUGGUGUUCGAAUUUAUGUUGAUAUUGUAUUCAAUCAUAUGACGGGUAAAAAAGGGAAAAUUAUCGGAACCGCCGGUACAACAGCCGAUGUUGAUAAAUUGGAAUAUCCGGGCAUUCCAUAUGGCCCCAAUGAUUUUCAUCAUCCACUUUGCAAUAUCAACAACUAUGACAAUCCAUUCGAAGUUCGGAACUGCGAAUUAGUUGGUUUGCCCGAUUUAAAUCAAUCGAAUGGACGAACACGCGAUAAAAUCGUUGAGUUCAUGAACGAACUACUGACAUUGGGUGUAGCAGGCUUUCGUAUCGAUGCAGCAAAGCAUAUGUGGCCACAUGAUUUGUACGAAAUUUAUAGUCGAUUAAACAAUCUCAGCACAAAGGCAUUUCCAGCAAAUUCCAGGCCAUUCAUUUAUCAAGAAGUCAUCGAUCUUGGUGGCGAAGCAAUCAAAAAAACCGAGUAUUCUCCGAUCGGUGCAGUAACUGAGUUCAGAUUUUCACAAGAAAUCGGCAAAGCAUUCCAAGGUAGAAACGAUUUAAAAUGGUUACAAAGUUGGGGUCCUGCAUGGAGUAUGUUGCCAUCGAACGAAGCCUUUGUAUUUGUUGAUAACCAUGAUAAUCAACGUUCAAAUGAUGCGAAUAUUUUGACACAUAAAUCACGUGAACGCUAUAUUACAGCGACUGCAUUCAUGCUGGCACAUCCGUAUGGUUAUCCACGAGUAAUGAGCUCAUUUAAAUUCUCUGCAUUCGAUCAAGGUCCACCGGCUGACGUCAAUGGUGAAAUAAUUUCACCAAAAAUUAACUCAACCAACGAACAAUGUGAAAAUGGUUGGAUAUGCGAACAUCGAUGGCGUGAAAUUCGGAAUAUGAUUAAGUUUCGAAACAUUGUUGGCAAUGCACCAGUCUCAUCGUGGUGGGACAAUGAUCGUAAUCAAAUUGCUUUUUGCCGUGGCACUCGCGGUUUUAUUGCCUUCAAUAUUGAAUCGAUCGAAAUGAAUACGAAACUGUUCACAUGCAUGCCGUCUGGCACAUAUUGCGACAUCAUUACCGGAGAAUUAGAUGGCACGGCCAAAUGUACCGGCAACCAAGUUGUGGUCGAUGAAAAUGGAGAGGCACAUAUUCGAAUCGCUUCGGGCACCAUUGGUGUACUUGCCAUACAUAUUGGGGCAAGAAUUGACUUUCAGCCAGAAGUUAUUAUUCGCUUCUAAUUACAUGUUGCGUGCGCGUGAUGAAAGCAGACACAACAAAACAAACAUCAUCAUUUGUAAACGAAUAUUUGAGCGUAAUUAACUCAAUAAUUGUGGCGAAAUGAAACGUGAUUUAUUUGAUUAAGUACUAUAAGCUAAAUUAUUCAAAUUAAUUUCAAUUGUUGCGCAGUUUAAUUUGUUGCGUAAAAGAAAAUUGACAAUUUUGUUUGAGCGAAAUAAAAAAAUAAAUUGAAAAACACAGAAGUGCUGUUAUUUUCCCCCAGACUAAA